CGUUCGUUCGUUCUUUGUGCAAUUCUAUUGGUCAUUGUGUGAAGCACAUCCGGUUUGUGAAAGCGGAAGUGUUAUCCCGGGAGACAACGCCGAUUUUAACUACAAAACUCCGCAAAUGAUCCUGUUUCGCAAUGGAUGUGACGGACGCGGCACCUUUCUAUGGAGUUCCACCCAUUGAAAGCGACGACAGCUGCCUCAGUGACUGCAACAGCGAUGAAGACAACGGAGCUAUACCGAGCGACGAUGACAGCAGCACCGAUGAAGACCACGACUGGAAAGACGGCGCUACCGCCCGCAGCACCGGUGGCGUUACUACUAGAAGGACCUCAGCCGCUGCGUCAAGGACGUGGGAGGAGGUCGCGUGGGACGCGGCGCCGCAGCAGAACUCUGCGAAACACUUCCCGGCGUGGCAAGGCGUUCUCUCCGAUGCAGACGAAUCCAGAGAACCCGUUCAGUACUUCCGGGACUUCUUCGACGCGGACCUUUUGGAAACCGUCGCCCAACAAAGCAACCUGUACUGCGCACAAGAAAACGCCAACAGCGCCCUGAAGUUGGACCAGGGUGAGCUGGAGCAGUUCAUCGGCACCGUGCUGUAUAUGAGCGUCGUGCACCUGCCGCGGCUCAGGAUGUACUGGUCCAGCGAGUGUCGGGUGCCGCAGGUGGCUGACGUGAUGUCCCGGGACCGCUUCGAAGAGAUCACCAAGUUCCUCCACUUCAACGACAACAACAACAUGGCGGCCAACGGCAAGGACAAGCUCUUCAAAAUCAGGCCGGUCGUCGAUUCGCUCCUCCGCAAGUUUCGGGCUCUCCCUCAGGACCGGAUGCUCCUGAUCGGCGAACAGAUUGUCCCCUUCAAAGGCAGGUCUACUCUGAAGCAGUAUCUCCCCAAGAGGCCACACAGGUGGGGAUAUAAAAUCUUCGUGCUGUGUGACGUGAAGGGCCUGGUGCAUUCGUUUGACGUAUUCACGGGCAAAACCGACCCCGAACCCGGAGACCCUGACAUCGGGGCAAAUGGGAACAUUGUCGUGAAGCUGGCGCAAGCCAUCCACCGGCCCGCCAAUCACCUGCUGUAUUUUGAUCACGGCUUUGCCUCCGUGGACCUGUUCGCCGCCCUCGCGGCUAAGGGGGUGCCAGCGCUCGGGACCGUGCAGCAGAGCCAACUGCAAGGGUGCCGUUUCAGCGCCGACGCCGACAUGAAGGAGAGGGGGAGAGGGACGUUUGAAGAGAAAAGGGUCGUCUUGGACGGCGCCGAGAUAAGAGCGGUCAAGUGGCUCGACAGCAGAGGCGUGAUCGUCGCCAGCAACUUCGCCGGAGCCCAUUCCGUCUCCAGAGUCAAGAGGUGGGACAAGAGGUUGAAGCACAACGUUUUUGUGACGUGCCCGAGCAUCGUCGGCCUGCACCACAAGUUCUUGGGCGGGGUCCACGCUCUCGACGCGCUGAUCGCGUCGCACCGCAUCCAGAUCAGGUCCAAGAAGUACUACCACAGGUUCUUCUUUCACUUCGUCGACAUGGUCGUCGUAAACAGCUGGCUGCUGUACCGGCGUGACUGCGAUUCGCUGGACGUGCCGAGGAAAGAGCAGAAGGACCUGCUCGCUUUUCGGACCUCGGUGGCGCAGGCGCUCUGCAUGCAGUUCAGCGAAAUCUCCAGCGUCAAGAGGGAGCCGCCCUCACCCGACGUCGACAGGGACUUCCAGAAGAAGAAGUACCGAGGUCCGACCAGGGCCCUACCGACGCUGGAAGUCCGCUCGGACGCCGUGGGUCACUGGCCGGCGGUCGUGAGCGAGCGGCAGCGCUGCAAGCUCUCUCAGUGCAAGGGCCAGAGCGUCUACAAGUGUUCGAAGUGCAACGUGCACCUGUGCCUCAACAAGAACAAGAACUGCUUUGGAGAGUUUCACAAGUAAACCGCUUUUCGCUUGGGAACAGACGGGUUCUGCAGGAAUAAGCUGGGUUUGAAAUGCUGUGACGGUGGAACAGCCGUGAUGGGUCGGGGUUCAGAAACAUAAGCUGUAAGAUGCCGGUGCAAAUUCUCAGCUUCAAGUAGGGCUGGACGAUAAAUAUAGAAAAAAGGCAUAUCGAUAAAAUAGAAAUCAUAUUGAUCGAUAUGAAU